UGAGGGACUGGACUAUGAAUGCGAGCUGGUUAUUGUUAUUGGUAAGUAAACCAAAAAUAUUUGCGAAGACCGAGAUUUGGAUGGUGUGCUCGGAUAUACCGUAGGAAACGAUGUUUCUCAUCGUGAUUGGCAACUCAAACGUGGCGGAGGGCAAUGGGGAUCAGGGAAGGGCUUCGAUGGCUAGGCACCUUUUGGUCCAGGCAUCGUCACUCCCAAAGUUGAUCUGCGACCCCAACGCUUUGACCAUAUCAACCAUAGUCAAUGAGCAGAUAGUCCAAUCAUUUUCGACUAAAGAUAUGAUAUUCGGGGUCGCCGAGACGGUGUCAUUCCUCUCCCAAGGCACCACUCUGCUCCCUGGUGAUUUGUUCUUCACUGGAACGCCACAAGGAGUGGGGAUGGGCCGGAGACCCCAUUAUAGUACAAAGAUAGCGAUCGAGUUGAGGUUAGUCUGGAAGGGUGGGAUCAUGCGUUGAUCGAGUUGUCUUUGACAAGCCAGACUCUAAACUAUGAAGAGGUCAUAAAAGUUAGAUAAAUCUCAGUACAUGGAUAUUCUUCGAGACGAUGAAUGCAGGUCUGUCAU